AUGGCGUCGGUGCUUUGGCGCGCCAUGUACUCACGGUUGACAGUAUGGUCGAUUGUGGUGGUGUUCCUGGUGUUGAAUGUGCAGCAGGCUGCAGCAGACAACAUCAGAUGGAUAGAAUACACAGGCAACGAUGGCACUGUCUACCUGAACGACGACCGACGACCCUCGUUGUACACCCAGAAUUACGGGGAUUGCCAGGGCGACUCACUCAUCAAUGUCACCCGUUUUGAUGCGGCCUACUACAAGGACAACAUGACCGUUCUCUUCCAUCUGGAGGGCAACUCUGCGUUGACAAACGAAAGUCUGAUGCUCUACAUCGGCGUUUUUGCGUAUGGAGAGUCCCGUUUUAAUCUGACGUUCAAUCCAUGCAACGCCAAUAUCAACAGUCUCUGCCCCCUCAACUCCUCGAUACCCAUUACUGCAAAUGGCAUUAUCCCAGUGGCGCCGUCGGACGUGGCUAACAUCCCAUCCAUUGCCUUGACCAUUCCGGACUUCGAAGGACAGGCAAUUCUUCGAAUUUUUGCCAACUCGACCGAAUCGCAGAUUGCUUGCUUCUCUGCGGUGGUGACCAAUGGAGCUUCAUUCUCGCAUCCCUCUGAGGUCGCAUCUAUUCUCGGCGCUUUCGCUCUCAUUGCCUUGAUCUCCUCAGCGGCCAUGGCCAUGUAUGGACAAGAUCUCUCCGAGACUCGAAAGCAUUAUGCCCACUCGGUCUCCAUCUUCGUGGUCUUCUCCGUUUACCAGCACAUCUUCUUUACUGGAGGGCUGUCUAUGAACUGGCCAAGUGUUCUGGUCUCGUUCUGGAGUAAUUAUGCUUGGUCCGCUGGGAUAAUCUACAGCCAAAAGAUGCAGAAUUCGAUCAACCGGUUCAUUGGUAACAACCACGGCAAUAUCAGCACGGUCGGUGCUGCUCCCAACGGCCAAAAUGCUGCUGGGCUCGGAGGCGGCUAUGAAAUCUCACAAAUUUACAAGCGAGCAGCUCCCACCUCGUUUGCGUCACUCCAAGCGGACCCCUUUGCCAUGGGUCACCUGCUCAAAAGAGAAGCUGCGAACUCCUCAAACACCACUCAGCAGUUCUCCUGGUACGGACAACCAGUGCUACCAGGUUUGCCGCUCCCUGGGAAUUAUUCUGGCUUUGCUGGAACUUUGGCCGAGCUCAAUAUACCCGCGUCCAAUGCAUUCCUAACGGGACUUUUAUGGUUCCUCAUCCUGAUAGCUUGCCUAUUGGCUGCUGUUUUCUUGCUGAAAUGGAGCAUCGAAGGUUUGGUCGCUGUUCGACUGAUCAAGACAACUCGACUUGGAUACUUCCGGCAGCAUUGGCUGUGGUUCAUGGCCGUAGCCGUUUUACGGACAUGCUACAUUGCCUUCUUUAUGAUGAUGUUCUUGACUAUGUUCCAAUUCACGCUGGGGGGAGCCCACGGUGUCAAGGCCAUCGCUGCGGUGAUACUCACAGUCUUCCUGGUUGGAAAUCUAGGUAUUUCGGCGUACGCCCUCUGGUACAGGACCAAGUCCGAGGCAUUGCCAGAGCUACAAGAGCAGGCAAGCCACGAAUCUCGUGGCCCCGAAAACCCUGGGAAAUCCGCUUGGUACAAGCUCAGCUUUAAGAAAGUGCCUGAAACCCAAGUCGCAGACGGCGAGAUACCUCGACCACAGACAUGGAUCCAGAGGCAUCUUCAAGGUCCAAAGUCUGGCAGGGUUCAUGUCCAUGACGAUGAAAACUACAUUCUCAGAUUUGGUUGGCUGGCAUCAAGAUUCCGCCGGAGUAGGUGGUGGUUUUUCUUCGUCUGGCUGAUCUAUGAGCUUGUAAGGGCUGCGUUUUACGGCGGUGCUGCAGGCCAUGCCUUGACUCAGGUCUUCGGCCUGCUGGCUUGGGAGAUUAUUGCUCUGGUAGCAAUUGUGCUGCUGAGGCCAUUCGAGAGCAACCGACUCAACUUGAUCAUGGUGUACCUCCUAGGCUUCAGCAAAGUGGCGACGGUGGCAUUAUCGUCGGCAUUUGACGCUCGAUUCGGGCUGGAUCGGAUCAUGACUACGGUGAUUGGAGUGGUCAUUAUUGUCAUUCAGGGAAUUUUGACCAUCUGCCUGAUGAUCGCCAUCGUCCUUGGGGCUAUCUCCAGCUACAUGUCCAUCACGCGCUACAGGGAGACUAUCAAACCCAAAUCAUGGCUGAAACCUCGAACGCGAUAUUUUGCACAUGUCGAUCGUAAGGCAACUGACCGUCCGAAACCACCUCCGCCGCCACCACCGCCAGAGCCUGAACGUCCGAAAGAACCUUACUUUAUGGUGUCAAGUGUGCGGCGGCAGCCCAAAAUUGAGGACGAAGAUCCAGACAAUCAGACGGCCGAGUUGUACAUGUCCCCGCGGGCUUCUAUGGAUCCCGAGAAAGAAGCAAGUCAUCAGGUGAGCGUGUCUCGAUCACAAUCCAUGCGGUCUCGAACUAGCGUAUCGAACCUGCCCUAUGGCGCAAGGGCUCAUCGUGUAAGCUGGAGUACGAAAGACUUCCAAGACAUGGACAUUGAGCAAGGCUCCAAUCCAAUACAUGCACGCAUGAGCGUAGAGAGCAUGCGCGAUGUUCCCAGCAGACACCGGGCGGCAAGCCUACGGGGAGCCUCAAGGGCUGGCACACCCAUUGGAGAGGGGAACGACUCACCCGCCCCAGAUGCCCUGGCUUAUCGUCGGGGGCACCGACGCAGUGUGUCGACGCCACUGGGGUCAAAGCGGAACGACACAACGGUUGACGAAGAAAAGGAGAACGACCUAGACACUCUUCACCCAUAG